AUGACCUCCCGCGAGAUACUCCUCAAACCAACUCAAGCCCUCCUAGAAGCCCUCACAAACCCAGACCCAACGAACCCCAACCACCUCUUGUCAACAUUCACAACCAUCCCAACUCCCGUAGUCCACGAACACGGCCUCCCUCAGCUAGCACCCUUCCUCGGCCGCCCAUUCACCGGCCAAGAUGGAAUAGCAGCCUACUUCGACCUCCUCUCCUCCCUCCUCUCGGUCAGGAAUAUGCUCUUCGAGCCCGAGGAGAGCUGGGUAGUCGACGAGAGCUGCAUGGCUGUUUCGCUACGCGGGACGGCGACGUUUGUGUGGAAGGAGACGCGGCAGGCGUGGGAUGAGACGUUUGUGUAUCGUAUUAAGCUUGCUGUUGACAGUAGCGAGGAUCCGGUGAAGAAGGGGGGUUGGCGGUUUGCGAGUAUCAUGUUUGGGCGGAUACAGGCGCGGCGUAUCUUGCUAGAAUGGGGAAGUUGGGGGAGUUGUUAG